GUACCGUGGGCAAAGCAGGUCGUACCUUGCGCUAUCAAUCAUUGUGAUUAAUGUGUGCGUUUUUAACUCUGCCGUAAUAACCAAGCCGUCUCAAGCCUAUGCAGUAUCCAGCUUGAUUUUUCUAGACAUUCUCAUAUGUGAUCGUUCGUUUUUUGCGGGAAGUUUGUGCUCUUCGUUCGAAUAUUAAAAAUAUUAUUUAAAUAUUUUAAAAAAUAAUUUAAGUUUUACGAACUCGAAGUUCCGGCUUGAAGGCGUGAAGUUUGAAGAAACGUUGGAUGUUUGGUGAUGGUGGCAAGAUGACAGCGUGGCGUGUGGCGGCAGCGCUGCUGCUGCUGGCGACGGCGGCCGCGGAGCCGCGCUACAGCUCGCCCGCGCCCGCGCCGCGUCGGGGCUGGCAGCGCGGCGCGCGCACCGCGCACGAUCGCGCGCCGGCGCAGUUCGUCGGCCCGCACGUAUGUCGAAGUAGAAACAGCACGCAUUGCUGCCCUGGGUGGACAUCUAGGCCCAACUCUUUACUAUGUGUAGUUCCAAUAUGCCGGCCGGAUUGCGGCGGGUCGGGCGCGGGCGCAUGUGUGGCGCCUAACAUGUGCCGCUGCCCCGGCGGGGUGGAAGCGCCCACCUGCGGAUUGGGGGGCGGAGCGCUUUACCCUUAUCCUGUACGAACACGAGGCGGGUGCAAACGAAUCUGUAUGAAUGGCGGCACCUGCAACAACGGCACCUGCGCCUGCGCACCCGGCUGGCAAGGAGAAUUCUGUACCGAACCGAUCUGCCGAGAGCCAUGCCUACACGGCGGGCGCUGUAUCGCGCCGGACCGAUGUGUGUGCUUCCACGGCCUCUCUGGCACCCGCUGCGAAAUUGAUAGACGAACAGGCCCAUGCUACACGGACACGCGCGGUGCCCUCUGCACGGGGGCGCUUGAAGGCGUGGUAUGUACCAAGCAGCUGUGCUGCGCCACCGUGGGCGUCGCCUGGGGACACCCGUGCGAGCGCUGUGGAGACCUCGACUGCCCCGCUGGACACCUGCGCAAUCUCGCCACUAAGGAAUGCCAGGAUAUAGACGAGUGCCUGGCUGUGCCAGGGCUAUGCGAGGGCGGCAAGUGCGUCAACUCAGUGGGCUCGUUCUCGUGCGAGUGUCCGGCCGGCCAGCGCCGCCACCGCACCACCAACAACUGCGAGGACAUCGACGAGUGCGAGGAUCCUGAUAUUUGUCCUAAUGGCAAAUGUGUGAAUACGGAGGGCGACUACUACUGUCUCUGCAACCCUCACUUCAUUCCCAGUCCAGACAAGAAGUUUUGUAUUGAUGGUCGCGUUGGAGCAUGCUACACGUACUUGAGUGAGACGGGCGAUUGCGGCGACAGGCUGUCCAUGCCGCUGUCCAACCGGGACUGCUGCUGCGGGUACAACAUGGGUCGCGCCUGGGGUGACAUGUGCGCGCCCUGCCCGCCGCGCGGCUCCACUGAAUGGACGCACCUUUGUGGUGGCGGUAUAAUUCCUCCGGAUUGGCGCCGCAACGAUACGACUGGCGGUGGUGUAGAUAGUGACGGCAACACCAACGGGAAUCGGCAGCCCGCGCAGCCCAUAGCCAAGAUCAACGAGUGUAUGUUACGCAGCGGCAUCUGUGGACUUGGCGACUGCGUUGAUAAGGAAGUGGGGUACACGUGCGAGUGCUGGGACGGCGCGGAGGAAGCGUCCCCGGACGGCAACCCGACGUGCAUCGACGUGGACGAGUGCGCGCUGGGGUACUGCCGCGGCGGCUCCUGCGUCAACAAGCCCGGCGGCUUCGAGUGCAGAUGUCCACCAGGUUUCGACCCGGUUGAGAAUGGACUGCGUUGCAGUGACAAAAACGAAUGUGAAGUAACGAAUGGAGAAAUGUGCACGAACGGAGCUUGCCAGAAUACCAUGGACGGAAGAUACGAGUGCGUAUGCAACCCAGGAUACGAAAAGACGGAAACAGGUCAGGCGUGCCGCGAUGUGGACGAGUGCCGCGACAACCCGCGCGUGUGCCGCCGUGGCCGCUGCCGCAACACGCCUGGCUCGUACGAGUGUGUCUGCGAGCACGGCUUCACUCCCACUGCUGGAGGAUAUUGUGUCGACCUUGAUGAGUGCGCUGACCGGUCGCUUUGCCAGGGUGGUCGCUGCGUAAAUGGCGAAGGUUCCUUCCAGUGUGUUUGUGAAGCCGGUUACAGACCGACUCCAGACCGUAGCGCGUGCGUCGACGUAGAUGAGUGUACGGAACAGAAGGUGUGCCGCAACGGCCGCUGCCACAACACGCCUGGCUCCUUCCGAUGCGAGUGUGAAGAUGGGUUCACACUCAGUGCGACGGGACGGACUUGUCUGGAUGAGGUCCAGGAUUUGUGUUAUGAGAAGUAUGAAGACGGGGAGUGCUCUGGACCAGGGCCGACGCCAAUUACUCGGUCUCAGUGCUGCUGCAGUGCUAGUAAAGGCCUGCGUCUCGGCUGGGGCGUGUCCUGCAAGGCGUGUCCAGGACGUGGAUCAAAGGAAUAUGCAAUCCUCUGCCCAGACGGCCCGAGCAAGGACAACGGCGGGUCUGACAUCAACGAGUGUACUAUGAUCCCCGGAGUCUGUCCACAUGGCACUUGUGAGAACUUAGAACCUGGAUACCGGUGUAUCUGUGACCCUGGGUACCAUCCUGACCAUGAUGGAAUUUGUCGGGACAUUGAUGAGUGUGACAUGCAUCAGUCGUAUUGUACCGGCGGGCAGUGCCGCAACACGCAAGGCAGCUUCACGUGCGCGUGUCCCCCCGGCACGCGCUACGAGCCGGACGAGCAGCUGUGCCGCGACGUGGACGAGUGCGAGGGUGAGCCCAUGUACCGCGAGCUGCAGCGCGGCGACAUCCCGCCGCGCGUGCCGAUACACGCAGAGCACGCAAAUCCUUGCGAUAACGGACGCUGCAUCAACACACACGGCAGUUACGAGUGCGAGUGUGAGCCUGGAUUUGUACUCGAUGCCACUGCGCAACACUGUUUAGAUAACCGUCGUGGUACGUGUUGGCGCCGCGUGGUGGACGGUCAAUGCGAGGGCGAGGCGCUGCGGCCGCUGCUGCGCCAGGAGUGCUGCUGCAGCCUCGGGCUCGCCUGGGGGUCGCCCUGCGAGCCCUGCGACCCGGAUGACUGCCCCUGCCCCAAGGGAUUCGCUAAGCUGGACGGGUCAACGUGCCGCGAUGUGGACGAGUGCAUGCUGGACCCCGAGUUGUGCGUGGGCGGAACCUGCGUCAACACCGACGGCUCCUACCGCUGCGACUGUCCACAUGGACUCACGCUCGACGCUACUGGCAACCGCUGCGUAGACACUCGUCGCGAAUACUGCUACACGGAGUACAUCGGCGGACGCUGUUCAAACCCUCUACAGGUGGAAGUGUACCGCGCAGUGUGUUGCUGCAGCGCGCUUGGAAAGGCCUGGGGUGAUUCGCGCUGCGAGCCCUGCCCCAAGAAGGGCACCGAUUCUUACCGCAGCCUCUGCAUAUCCAACGUGGACGGCCCUCCGUCCGUGUGGGACCGACCCGGCGGUCCGGACGGUCCGUACGGCCCGAAUGGGCCAACUGGCCCCGGUGGACCUAACGGAACUGAUUUGUGGACACGACCAAGCUGGGACCACACUCACGGCUGGGACGGCGACGAUUUUACCAACGGCACUGACGGCAUGUGGCCGGGACCAGUGCCCGGGCCUGGGUUCACGCCCGGACAGAUGGAGGUCAACGAGUGCGCCGCCUUCCCCGGCCUCUGCGGACACGGACGCUGCAAGAAUAUGCUCGGCACUUUCGAGUGCGAGUGUUUCCCUGGUUAUGAAAAGGACUCCAAGAACCGUACGUGCGUGGAUGUAAACGAGUGCGAGAUAGUGGACGACGUGUGCGGCGCAGGAGAGUGUAGAAACACUGAAGGAAGUUUCACGUGUCGAUGCCAGCCCGGACACCGCGCUGAUGAUCUAGCGCGAGUCUGUCUAGAUAUUGACGAGUGUGCAGAAGACCGGUCCCUCUGUCGCGGCGGUCGCUGCGUAAACACGCCUGGAUCAUUCCGCUGUGAGUGCGGGCCUGGCAUGGAACUAGCCCCCGAUAGACUCUCCUGCAAGGACGUUGACGAGUGCUCCAUAACUUCUGGUAUCUGCAGUAACGGAGUAUGCGAGAACCUGAUGGGCACGUACCAGUGCGUGUGCGACGAGGGCUACGCGCAGAGCACGGUCAAGUCUCACUGCGACGACAUUGACGAGUGUAGUGAGGACUCCACCCGCUGUCAGCACGAGUGUGUCAACACACCCGGGUCUUAUCAUUGUACUUGCAGAGACGGGUGGCACCUGCGCGCGGACGGGCGCACGUGCCGCGACGUGGACGAGUGCGGCGGCGGCGCGCGGCCGUGCGGCGGCGGCGAGUGCCACAACUCCGCCGGCGGAUACCGCUGCAGCUGCGGGGACGGGCUCGUGCCCGCCACCAACAACGGCAAGCCCACUUGCCAUGACGUCGAUGAAUGCGCCGACGUACCAGAUCUCUGCGGCGCGGGAGAAUGCCGCAACACAAUUGGCAGCUUCGUGUGCCGCUGUCCGGAUGGCUACAGCGUGAAGCCAGAGCAGGGUCCAGCAUGUACUGACGAUGAUGAGUGCGAGCUAGGCACAUGCGACUGCCAUCCAGCUGCUGAUUGUAUCAACUUGCCUGGUUCAUUCCAAUGUCGCUGCCGUGACGGGUGGCGCGGCGACGGCGCCGAGUGCGAGGACGUGGACGAGUGUCUCACCAACAACGGCGGGUGUCACCCGCGGGCCACGUGCCGCAACACCGACGGCUCCUUCCUCUGCCUCUGCGACACUGGAUACAAGGGAGACGGGUAUUCGUGCGUGGACAUCGAUGAGUGUGCGAACGACCCGACGUUAUGCGACAACGGCCACUGCAUCAACACGCCGGGCGGCUACGAGUGCGAGUGUGACGUCGGGUUCACCAAGUCGCAGGACGGACGCUCUUGUCUCGACAUGGACGAGUGCGCGACGUUCCACAACGUGUGCGUUUUCGGCCGCUGCGUCAACACGUACGGCAUGUUUAAGUGUAUCUGCGACAAGGGAUACCAGUCCGACAGCGUCGAUGACUUGAUGCCCGGGUUCAACUGCACGGACGUGGACGAGUGCAAGUCGCCGCAGUCGUGCCAGUACGGCUCCUGCGUCAACACGCAGGGCUCCUACAUCUGCCGCUGCCCGCCCAACUACGACCUCGUCUCCGAUGGCACCGCCUGUUUCGAUUCCCGCAAAGCCCGCUGCUACGGCAAAGUGGAGCUCCGGUCAGGCACUGAGCAGUGCCGUGACAGCGACGAGUUGUCUGAAGACGGCACCAUGGCUGCGUGCUGCUGCUCUGUCGGUGCUGCAUGGGGCAACUAUUGCGACCCAUGUCCCGAACCUGGCUCCGAAGCGUAUCGACAGCUGUGUCCUGGCGGUCCCGGGUACCAACCUGUGCUCGAACCCCCGUCCUACGUGGUUACCUUAGCCGACAUCGACGAAUGCGCAGCGCACCCGGCACUAUGCGCACACGGCACUUGCACGAAUACAUUCGGCUCUUUCGUGUGUACCUGCGGGCCCGGCUGGGUGCUGGCUGAUGACGACACGCGCUGCGUGGACGUGGACGAGUGCGCUGCGCCCGACGCCUGCGGGCCCGGCGUGUGCCGCAAUCUGCCUGGCAGCUACGUGUGUCUGUGCCCUGAGGGAUACGUGCCCAUGCCCAGUGGCAAGGAAUGCGUGGACGUGCGUCAGAAGCAGUGCUACAUGGAGUGGGAGCCGGAUACUGGGCGCUGCUCGGGCGCCAUCGGAGUACCACAGACCAAGUACCUGUGCUGCUGCAGCGUCGGCCGCGCCUGGGGGUCACCCUGUGAACCCUGUCCUGGGAAAGAUGAACCAGAGUUCAAGGACUUAUGUGGCGAGAAACCUGGCGAAUACAAAAACCCUGUAACCAACGAGACAAGGCCCAUCAACGAAUGCGAUAUCAUGCCGCAGCUGUGCAAGCCUGGCUCCUGCCACGACACGCCCACCGGCUUCCAGUGCGGAUGUGAUCACGGAUACGAACACGACACGACCUCCCACUUGUGCCGAGACAUUGACGAGUGCGCACAAUCUCCACCGCCGUGUCGCGGUAUGGCGCAGUGCGUCAACUUGCCUGGAGCCUUCGAAUGCCGCUGCCCACCCGGUUACAAUCUCACCUCUGCUCUUGACGAGUGUGAGGACGUGGAUGAGUGUCAGGACCCCGCCUUGUGCGAACAUGGAGACUGUCGGAACACCGUUGGGUCUUAUAGGUGCGAGUGCAAGCCCGGCUACACCCUCCGCGGCGGCACGUGUGUCGACGUGGACGAGUGUUCCCGUCCGCGGCCGCUGUGCCGCAACGGCACGUGCGAGAAUCUGCCCGGCUCCUAUACCUGCCACUGCGAUGAUGGGUUCAAACCUGGACCCAACAAUGAUUGCAUCGAUAUAAACGAAUGUCGCGAGGGUGGCAUGGUGUGCCGCAACGGCCGAUGUCGCAACACAGCCGGGUCGUUCCGAUGCGAAUGUGCGCCCGGAUACACCCUCACACCGGACCAGCGACACUGCAGAGACAUCGACGAGUGCGACGAGCGGGAUAACCCGUGCGGACGAGACGGCAAUCCUGCUUGUACUAAUACUAAUGGAGACUACGAGUGUUCGUGCGGUCCCGGAUGGCGGCUGGCCGGCAAGCGCUGCGUGGAUCGCGACGAGUGCCGCGAGAUCGCCUACGCCUGCGCCGGCGGGGACUGCCGCAACUUCAACGGAGGAUACGUGUGCGAUUGUCCAUCUGGGUGGCGUUUCGACAAAGCGGCGGCUCAGUGUGUGGACGAGCGCAGGGAGCUGUGCUAUGACGACUGGGAGGCCGGCCGCUGCCACCAGGCACGAUCCAUACAGCUUGGCAAGGCGGAAUGUUGCUGCUCUGAAGGUCAAGCGUGGGGUCGCCGUUGCGAGCGCUGCCCGCCACCAGACUCGGCCGAGUUCCUGCAGAUCUGUCAGGGAGGCAUGGGACGACCGAACCUUACUCACGACUUAGAUGAAUGCAAAGUGCGUCCGGACGUGUGUAAGAACGGGCACUGCAUCAACACUGACGGCUCAUUCCGUUGCGCUUGCGCGCCCGGGUACACGCUGGAUGGCAGCGGGCUGCGUUGCGUCGACGCAGACGAGUGCGCCACCGACCCGAGGAUAUGCGGGAACGGAACCUGUAUCAACAUCCCUGGAGGGUACGAGUGCCGAUGCAACCAUGGGUUCAUGCAGGGACCCGAUCAGACAUGUGUGGACAUAGACGAGUGCGCAGAAGGGCGCGCGAUGUGUACAUUCCGCUGCCACAACACACCCGGGUCAUUCCGCUGCACGUGUCCGUACGGGUACGCCGUGGCCGACGACGGCGUGCAUUGUAGGGAUAUAGACGAGUGCGCGCAGGAGGAUGUCUGUCCCCACGCCUGCGAGAAUAUCGUCGGCUCUUACAUGUGCAAAUGUGUCGAAGGUUACCGGCGAACGUCAGCACCUCACGACUCGGACGAAGCGUGCGAAGACAUCGACGAGUGCGCUGAACACACGGACCAUUGCGCAGGCGGCGUCUGCAUCAACACUGACGGAGGAUAUACCUGCGACUGCGACGCGGGCUGGCAGCUUAGCGAGGACCAACACUCUUGUAUUGAUCGUCGUACGGGCAUGUGUCACCGGUCCCUCGUCGCCGGCCGCUGCACGCCUGAGCCGUGGCCGCGAGCCAUAGCCUCGACACCGACGCCGCAUACGCAUGUCACCAAGGCGCAAUGUUGCUGCACGCUCGGCGUCGCUUGGGGCCCAGAGUGCGAGAUCUGUCCACAACCCGGAACUCAAGAGCGAAUGGAACUGUGUACUCCGGAGAAUAUUAACCCUCCGGGCACCGGCGGAGGCGGCCCAGGAGGUUCAGGAGGACCAGGAGGCGGCCCAGGGGGAUCUGGAACUCAUGGAGGGAUAGUUGGAGGAGGGGGCAUCGAUGAAGGGGGUAUGGGCAUAUAUGGGGACAUUGAUGAGUGUGCUGCCAUGCCUGGACUUUGCGAGCCUGGACGCUGUGUCAACACUAUUGGCAGUUUCCGCUGCGUGUGCCCGCGCGGUUACAAAGCAGCGGGCGAGAUAUGCGCAGACAUCGACGAGUGUUCGCUGCGGCCGGCCCCCUGCGAGCAGCGCUGCCACAACACGGACGGCGGCUACGAGUGCGGCUGCCGGCCCGGCUACGAGCUCGACGAGGACGGAGCCAACUGCAGAGAUAUCGACGAGUGUAGGACCGGAGAUCACACUUGCCAACAAACCUGUACCAACACUGAUGGGUCCUAUGAGUGUUCCUGUCAAGAUGGUUACGAGAAACGCGGCGAUGCUUGCAUUGACAUCAACGAAUGCCACGAGGAGGGUCUGUGCCCGGCGCCGGGCAAGUGCGUUAACCUGCUGGGGUCGUACCGCUGCGUGUGCCCGCGCGGGUUCCGCCUCGACGUGCUGGGCGCCAGGUGCGUCGACCGCGACGAGUGCGACGACGGCCGCUGCCAAGCGCCCUGCCGCAACUACGCCGGCGGGUACCGCUGUGACUGUCCCAGUGGUAUGACCCGAUCAUCAAGUGGAAUAUGCGUACCGGAGGAUGCAUGCGCGGCGGGCCCGUGCGGUUCAUCACCGUGCUUCCCUGUGGCCGGUAACUACCGCUGUGGAUGUCCCAACGGAUAUGGCUGGGACGCGGGCCACGGAGUCUGUCUGCAGCUGGCGGGCGGCUGCGCUGCGGCCAGCUGCCUGUUCGGCUGCGCGGCGGGCGGCGGCGGCGGGUUCCAGUGCGGCUGCCCACCCGGGUACGCGCUGGUGGGCGCGGGCCACUGCCUCACGGCGCUCGACGCCGCGCUGCCGCCCGGGGACAUCGGCGCCGCGCCCGUCUUCCCGCUCAAGGACCAGUACAAGGUUGGCGGAGACGAGGAGCUUAUAUCUACUGAGGGCUGCUUUAGCUGCAAGGUGAACGGUAGAAGGAGACGCGCUCCAGAGGAAGGCGUCGUCUUUGCCAACGGAACUACGGUGGUCAGGAGGCGCAGAAGACGUAGCCGCAGACGGCGUUCGCUACUAGAACCAAGCGCAGAGUUAGUAGUAGUCCGAGCCACCCCUAAACAAACCUGGGGUCGCGCGCCUCUGUUGCGCCUGCUCCCGGCUGAAGACGCCAGGGCGCACUACCGCAUCGCCUACGGAGAUGAUAGCAAAGACUUCGUGCUGAAUAAACGCGAUGGAGCCUGGGCGUUGCGACUACGCAAACAUCUCAAGAGUAAUGCUGUGUACGAGAAGCAACUCGAACUUGAAGCCAGGUUCGUCCCGCUGCCGCAGUCCACGGUGCGGCGGCGGCGGCGCGCGCAGCCCAGCGCGGCGCCGCUGCGGCUGUACGUGGCGCUGCGCAUCGCGCCCGCCGCCGCCGCGCCACGCCGCUGACGGCUGCGGUGGCACACGCCUCGACGCACUCCACUACUGACUGCUUCUAAAAUGCGGAACAUUGUUUAAAGUACCACUCUACUAUUAUUGAAAUUGUGCUGGCUUUAAAUCUGUAGCGGACCCAACUUGUGUGAUUAGUCACACCGACUUGUGGCUAGCGGGGUCCUAUGCUCUGUUCGGUGCCCCAAAACAUACUUUGGCGGCAGCACACCUUUGCAACAAAACUUUUUCUGACAUUUAGGAUGGGUACUACCAAAGCAGAGAGAAGAGGAGUGGUGCAGGAAUCGACCGAUCACAACGAGGGGAAAAGCGACAGAGCAUUCUCUCUUGCUCUUUUCCGCACGCUGUGAUUGGUCGAUUCAUCCGGUCCUGUCUUGUUAAACCUAUCCUUAUACUUUAUACUUUAAAUGAUGUUUCGUAUUUCUGAAACACUUUGUAUAUUCUAUUUGGUGAAAUGUCGAUUGUGAACGGGAGGUAUACGGUACUAAAUUGCGACUUGCCUCCUGUUACAUAAUUUGACUAACGUAAUAUACCGAUACUGAAACUUUCGCCCCCCGACACGAGAUCCGAAGGGCCGAACGACAUUUUUUUUAUAAAUCACUGCCAUUUGUCUGAAAUGUAACUAGCCAAAUGUAUUCUUUUUUUUACUUUUGAUCGGUUCAGAUGAAUAUAAUUUUAUUGUAUUACCUUUGCCGCCACUGCCAUUCCGUGUCCGAGGUCAUUGUCCCGACACGACGAUAAUCUCGUCUCAAAUAAUCGUUUCUUUUAAAAAUAAAAAGUACUACCUGAAAUGAAUUUGUUUAUCGAACGCCAGCUUAGUGUUCAAUGUGCGACUAUUCUUGCUUAAACACGUUAUUUACAAAUCAAAACGCGACAAUGAUAAUGAGUUUUAAGAAAAAUAUUUCUGUCGCACAUUGUCGCUGGGCGCGUGACGACUUCUUUGGCAGUAUUAAGUAAUGUGUGUGAGAAUCGUGUGAAUAAUACAUAGUUAGAAAUCGAUUUAAUUUUUGUUUAAUAUAUUUUUUUAUUUCCAUACUACUGAAAUGUGAAUGAUUCGAAGAGUGGCGUCACUUGUAACGCGCUCCUUCCAUUGAUCUGCACGCCAUUUUUACACUUAUUCCUCUUAUAAUAAGAAAGUAAAUAACAUAGCUGUAAGGGAAUUAUUUAUUUUUAUUUCCAAUUUCAAAACAGUGUAGCAUGUUCAUAAAGUUUUUACUUUCCAUAAAACAGUUCUUUUUAAUUUAGUUGUAAAGUACAAAUGCAAUAAAUGUAGGCUUGUUUUGUAAAUAUGUGUAUACGUAAAUAUUAAAGUUAAUAUAAAAUAUUUGAGUUAGUAGUUAAACUACUUAUUAAAAUUAGUUUUUAAGGAAAUGCAGGAUCAAGAGACGAAUAAUAACAUUUUAUUUAAUAA